AUGACCCCCCCGGCCCUCAGCUCCCCCGGCCCUCACCCCCCGGCCCUCAACUCCCCCGGCCCUCAACUCCCCCGGCCCUCACCCCCUGGCCCUCAACACCCCCGGCCCUCACCCCCUGGCCCUCAACACCCCUGGCCCUCAACUCCCCCGGCCCUCACCCCCCGGCCCUCACCCCCUGGCUCUCAACACCCCCGGCCCUCAACACCCCCGGCCCUCACCCCCUGGCCCUCAACUCGCUCGGCCCUCACCUCCUGGCCCUUAACACCCCCUGGCCCUCAACACCCCCUGGCCCUUAACCCCCCCUGGCCCUCAACCCCCCCUGGCCCUCAACACCCCCUGGCCCUCAAUUCCCCCGGCCCUCUACACCCCCGGCCCUCACCCCCUGGCUCUCAACACCCCCGGCCCUCACCCCCUGGCCCUCAACACCCCCGGCCCUCACCCCCUGGCCCUCAACUCGCUCGGCCCUCACCCCCUGGCUCUCACCCCCUGGCCCUUAACACCCCCUGGCCCUCAACACCCCUUGGCCCUCAACACCCCCUGGCCCUCAACACCCCCGGCCCUCAACAUCCCUGGCCCUCACCCCCUGGCCCUCAACACCCCCGGACCUCACCCCCCGGCCCUCACCACCCCUGGCCCUCAACCCCCCCUGGCCCUCAACACCCGCCGGCCCUCAACACCCCCGGCCCUCACCCCCUGGCCCUCAACACCCCCGGCCCUCACCCCCUGGCCCUCAACACCCCCGGCCCUCAACACCCCAGGCCCUCACCCCAGGCCCUCAAUUCCCCCGGCCCUGAACACCCCUGGCCCUCAACACCCCUGGCCCUCAACUCCCCUGGCCCUCAACUCCCCCGGCCCUCAACACCCCCUGGCCCUCAACACCCCUGGCCCUCAACACCCCUGGCCCUCAACACCCCCUGGCCCUCAACACCCCUGGCCCUCAACUCCCCUGGCCCUCAACACCCCCGGCCCUCAACACCCCCUGGCCCUCAACACCCCUGGCCCUCAACACCCCCUGCCCUCAACACCCCUGGCCCUCAACACCCCCUGGCCCUCAACUCCCCCGGCUCUCAACACCCCCUGGCCCUCAACACCCCUGGCACUCAACACCCCUUGGCCCUCAACACCCCUGGCCCUCAACACCCCCUGGCCCUCAACUCCCCCGGCCCUCAACUCCCCCGGCCCUCAACCCCCCCUGGCCCUCAACACCCCCUGGCCCUCAACCCCCGGCCCUCAACUCCCCCGGCCCUCAACACCCCCUGGCCCUCAACUCCCCCGGCUCUCAACACCCCCUGGCCCUCAACACCCCUGGCACUCAACACCCCUUGGCCCUCAACACCCCUGGCCCUCAACACCCCCUGGCCCUCAACUCCCCCGGCCCUCAACUCCCCCGGCCCUCAACCCCCCCUGGCCCUCAACACCCCCUGGCCCUCAACCCCCGGCCCUCAACUCCCCCGGCCCUCAACUCCCCCGGCCCUCAACUCCCCCGGCCCUCAACCCCCCCUGGCCCUCACCCCCCGGCCCUCAACUCCCCCGGCCCUCAACCCCCCCUGGCCCUCAACUCCCCUGGCCCUCAACUCCCCCGGCCCUCAACACCCCCUGGCCCUCAACACCCCUGGCCCUCAACACCCCUGGCCCUCAACCCCCCCCUGGCCCUCAACACCCCCCUGGCCCUCAACUCCCCCGGCCCUCAACCCCCCCUGGCCCUCAACACCCCCUCAACUCCCCCCGGGCCCCCAAACCCCCCGGCCCUCAACCCCCGGCCCCCCAAAACCCCCCGGGCCCCUCAACACCCCCGGCCCUCAACUCCCCCGGCCCUCACCCCCCGGGGCCCCCAACCCCCCCGGGCCCCCAACUCCCCCGGCCCUCAACUCCCCCGGCCCUCAACUCCCCCGGCCCUUCACCCCCCCGGGCCCCCAACACCCCCCGGGCCCCCAUCCCCUGGCCCUCACCCCUGGGCCCCCCACUCCCCGGCCCCCAACCCCCCCACCCCCCGGGCCCCCACCCCUGGCCCCCAACUCGGGUCGGCCCUCACUCCCUUGCCCUCAACACCCCCCGGGCCCCCAACUCCCCCGGGCCCCCACCCCCCGGGCCCCCAACUCCCCCGGCCCCCCAAACCCCCCGGCCCUUUACCCCCCGGCCCUAAAAUCGCUCGGCCUCCCCCCUGGCCCUGAAAAUUCCCCGGGCCCCCAACUCCCCCGGCCCUCACCCCCUGGCCCUCAAAAACCCCCCGGCCCUCAAAUCCCCCCGGGCCCCCACCCCCCGGCCCUCACCCCCUGGCCCUUUAAAACCCACUGGCCCUCAACACCCCUUGGCCCCAACCCCCUGGCCCUCAAAAACCCCCUGGCCCCCAACACCCCUGGCCCUCACCCCCCGGCCCUCAACUCCCCCCGGCCCCCAACACCCCUGGCCCUCAAAACCCCCGGGGCCCCCACCCCCCCGGCCCUCAACAAACCCCCGGUUAAAUUUUUAAAUCCCCCCCCUACCCCUGGUUUUUUCAAACUUGGGUAA